UGAUAACAAUAAUUAUCUAUAAAUCCAAGAAUUUUAUUAUAAAUACACCUUCAAGUACUGAUAUCUCCACUACUGAGUGAAGAUGAUUAAAGUAAUAUCGUUAGUUUUAGCUAUAGUGGCAUUUGCUGCUUACAUUGAGGCUGACCCUACUCAAUGUUACGAAUGUAAUAUUCUCGCUGGUGCUACUUGUACUAAACCCACAAUUCCAAGAAUUGACAUACAAAGCUGCGAUGAUAUCAAUCAAGCAAAUAAUUCUACUUCGAAAACAGUAUGUUUCACAGUUUCAACUAGAUGGUUUGGUCAAGUUGUAACAGAAAGAGGUUGUUAUUAUCAAGAAAUAGCCGGUGAGGACGUUUGCUCAUUCUUCUACCGUACUGAAGUUAGUAAUGUACCACUCACUGAUGGUUUCACAUGCGACUUAUGUUACGAUGAUCUUUGCAAUAACAAAGAGGGUGUCGUAUCAGCAACAGCUAAUUAAUAUCUAUUAAAUAUUCAAAAAAAAAGUUAAAUGCUAGAAAAUGUAAUCAAAUAAAAUUUCUUAUUUUUUCA